AUUGGAAAAAUUUAAACUUGACGCAGCUCUAAUGGCCCAUUUUCAUUGUGUUUACAUUACCAUAUUUUUAGUUCAAGGUUCCAGACCAUUACCGGGCAGACAUAAGGUUAUUUAUUCUAGACAAAAACACUUUGUAGUUUGUGCUUAUCGUAUGGUAGUUAUUGCCAUAGUUCUAGUUGUACUACCAUGACGCUGAUGACAUCGUCCACAUUCUCUAUCUACGACUACAUUAUAUUUAUAAGCACUCUAGUGUUCAGCACUCUUAUUGGAAUCUACUAUGGUUGCUUUGGAACGAAACAAGCUACAACCAAAGAGUACCUUAUGGGAGGCAAGAACAUGAAAAUUAUUCCCAUAGCGAUAUCAGCAGCAAUAAGUCACAUUUCUGGGUCUCUGCUGAUCAUAACAGUAUCAGAAGUGUAUAGAUACGGAGCUAGCAUAUCCUUAUUCAUCGUUUCGUAUAUCAUUAUGGGUCUUCUGUCAAUUUUCAUUUACCUACCAGUAUUUUUCAAAGUUCAAGUGACCAACAUCUACGACUACUUGGAAAAGAGGUUUGAUAAAAGAACGAGAAUGCUGGCUUUUGCGAUUUACCUCCUCUCGGAGAUUGUUAUGUUUCCUAUCAUGGCGUACGCGCCAUCUUUGACUUUUGCCACAGCUAGUGGAAUUAACCCUACUUGGUCUGCUUUCUUCCUCUGUGUUAUCUGUGUCUUUUAUACUUCAAUAGGAGGUUUAAGGACUGUAGUUUGGACAGAUUUUCUUCAAUUUGCGAUCAUAAUGGCAUCUCUUGUUACAGUAUACGCGGUAGGUGUUGGGGUAUCUGGGGGAUUUUUGUCUGUUUGGAACACAGCACUGCAAGGUCAACGACUACAAGUCUUCAACUUUAACGUUGAUUUUACAGCAAGAGAUAGCUUCUGGGGUUACGUAGCUGGUGGUCCAACAGCUGUAGCGACCAUCAUUGUACACCAAACAGGACUUCAGAAGUUUUUAAGUUUACCAAAAUACAGAGAUUGCGUUUGGUCUGUUAUCCACACUGUAAUCAGUAUGAGUAUAGUACACAUCUUCUGCGUUUUCAUCGGUUUGGCAGUUUACUCCCAGUACAAAGACUGUGAUCCUUUAACCAGUCAUAUGGUAACAAAACACGACCAACUAUUUCCUUACUUUGUAACAGAUGUUGGUAGACGUUUUCCAGGAGUUACUGGUCUUUUCGUAGCAGCUAUUUGCAGUGCAGCUCUCAGUUCUAUGUCUUCAAACCUGAACGCCCUCUCUGGUGUUAUUUACAAAGACUUGGUAUGUCGGUUUUUAAAGGAGCAACCAUCAGAAAAACGGGGCAGCGACAUUUUAAAAAUCAUAGUCCUGGUUGUUGGUCUCUUGUGUACCUGCUUGGUCUUUCUAGUGGAACGAAUGGGAGAAGUAUUCAAUAUCAUUUUAUCGGUUAAUGGGAUUACUCAAGGACCUUUGUUUGGGGUUUUCUCGUUGGGAAUUCUUUUCCCAAAAGCCAACCACAAGGGUGCCUUCUAUGGUGCACUUGGCGGUUUUAUUUCCGUUGCUUGUAUCGCAAUUCCUGCAAGGUACUACCAAAUGAUGGGUUUGAUCAAGUACCCCACGAAACCUCUCUCGACGACCGGUUGUACCCUAUUUAACGAAACUUUGAGUGCUUCAAACACUACAUUAAACCAGGACACUCCACUGCAACCCAAUGUGAUUUUCAAGACAAUGUUCUACUACUACGUGAUAAUCGGAGUCAUCGUGACUAUAGUUGUUGGUUUGAUUAUUAGUGUAUUCACGACGGGUUCUCCAGUUGAUAAGGACCUUCUAAGUCCAGUCAUAUCGUGCCUAUCCACUACACCUCGACACACUCAAGAUGGAAACCGGAACACUGAAGCGGCGAUGGAACUUCUCACCCAUUAAAAUAAGGGCGUGUCUUAAAAAAAAUUAAAGUCGUGCGUAUAAAAUAUAUGGGUUGCGGUCUAAAUUGA